AUGGAUGCGACACGCACGGCUUCCCAGCCCUUGUCCGAGGUGCUCCCGCCGCUGAUCUUGGGCACUGCCACGUUUAACCACCAAUACCACCCCGAUCCGACGCAUAUGCCCUAUGUCGACAUUGUCCGGCGCGCCCUCGACCACAAAAUUGCUGCUUUCGAUACAUCGCCAUACUACGGCCCCUCUGAGAUUCUCCUUGGUGAUGCGCUGCGCCGUAUAGAGCCGGCGCCAGCACGCGACUCAUACUUUCUCAUCACAAAGGCUGGUCGCAUUGCUGGUGACGAGUUUGACUACUCCCCCGCCUGGAUCCGAUACAGUGUAUUUCGAAGCCUCGAACGACUCGGCACAGACCGCCUUGAUAUGGUGUACAUGCACGAUGUGGAAUUCGUGUCUCCGGCCGAAGUGCUCGGCGCGGUCAAGGAGCUGAGGCGUCUUCGCGACGAGGGCGUCAUUCGUUAUGCUGGUAUCAGCGGAUACCCUGUCAUGACGCUCGUCUCGCUCGCAGAAAUGAUUUUGCGGGAAACAUCGGAGCCCAUUGACGCCAUCCUUUCAUACGGACACUUUUGUCUGCAGAACACUCAGCUCGGCCGGACGGAGAUCCUUGAGCGAUUUGCCUCAGCGGGCGUUGGCUGCAUCCUCAAUGCCAGUAUGCUUAGCAUGGGAUUGUUGACCUCGAAUGGCGUCGAUAGUCUCCCGAUGGGUGCCUGGCACCCAGCGCCGCCAGAGCUGCGCAAAGCGUGCCACGACCUUGCUGCCGUGGCCAAGUCAGAGAACAGGCACUUGGAAGAGGUUGCCAUUCGAUGGGCUUUGCGCAACUGGAUCUACCAGGGGUCUGGCUUCGGAACAAAAGCUUACAAAAGCGAUAAAAACGACAAGUUGCCUGUGCGUAUUGGAGCAAGCGUCAUGGGUGUUUCGUCUAUCGACCAGCUGGAAGAGACGUGGCAACUCUGGCAGAGUGUCACCAAUGAACAAGGCGAAGAUGGCACAAACUCCCUGGUAGAACAGCGGAUGUGGCCAAGCCUAGGAAAAUGGAAAGACUACGCAUGGGAAAGCGGCGGGACGUCUUUUACAAACUCUCGCAAGGUCAUGGGAGUUGUGCCAGAUGAUGACGUCGCGAAACGAUGCGGGCUCGCUGCGAGCCCGGCUAUUGACGGUUCGAAGUCGUAA